CCGAAUGGAAACACCCAGCAGCUCAUCAACUUCAAAGCCACUCUCCCAGACCCAUCUAUCCAGCAGCUAUUCCGGGUCUAGAACGAUGACUCCGAGUAUGAUCUAGAAUCAAAAGCGAAUUAAUUCAGAGGAAGACGAUGGAGUAUUUCCAAGUCAAAUGAACUAUACAAUUAACUUUGACCACCAAAUAAAACCCAACUUGUCCUUCAAUCCACCCAGCAGUUAUUCCGGGUCUAGAACGUAACGACGACUCCGAGUAUGAUCUACAAUCGAAAGAGAAUUAAUUCAGAGGAAGACGAUGGAGCAUUUCCAAGUCAAAUAAACUAUACAACUUUGACCGCCAAAUAAAACCCACCUUGUGUUUGCCAACUUGUCUGAAAGACGAACAAAACGAGCAAACUGGAAUUCAAUCACCAAAUUACAAGCUAAAGACUCAGACAAAGUUAUUUCGAUUGAUUUGCGAGGAAAGCACCGAAUGAAGACCAAGAUUGAGGGGCACGUAUUGCUGGAGAGAUGAUAGAGAAAGAAGGAAAAUGAAUAUAAAAAUAACUAAAAUGAAGUAGAGAGGAAGGUUGUUUCUUCAAAUAUAGAAUAAGUAGAGAGUUGAUAAACGAGUGAUUUUUGAAUUUUCUCUAAUUUUUAGAAAGAAAGAAAAAAACUUAAAAUAGAGAGCUUGUUAAGCAUCUGACGCCACCCAUAUCAAAUCACUAAAGAAACAUGGCAGCCAUGGAUGCAGCCUCCGGAUACGACCGCAUGAAGGAGCUCAAGGAGUUCGACGAGUCCAAGAUUGGCGUGAAGGGCCUCUCCGAUUCCGGCAUCACUUCCAUCCCUCGCAUCUUCGUCCACCCGCCAGAAACCCUCUCCGACAUCAAAUCUUCCUCCGCAUACACUAACAUCCCCGUCAUCGACCUCUCAGACGCAAACUCCACCAUGCACCGCCACAAAAUCGUCGAACAAGUCAAAGAGGCGGCCACAACGUGGGGAUUCUUCCAGGUGAUCAACCACGGCGUUCCCGUGUCAGCACUAGACGAGACCAUCAACGCCAUCAAAGCGUUUCAUGAGCAACCCCACGAGGUGAAAAGCAAGUACUACAAACGCGAUGAGGGCCAGGGAGUGAUGUACGCGAGCAACAACGACUUGUACCGCGCCAACGCAGCUGCGUGGCACGACUCAUUGCAGGCGUGGAUGGGUCCAACACCACCGAAAGUGGAGGAUAUACCGGAGGUUUGUAGGAACGAGGUGGUAGCAUGGGAUAAGCGUGCAACCGAGGUGGGAGAGACUGUGAUGGAGUUACUGUCUGAAGGGUUGGGGUUGGAGACUGGGAAGUUCAAGAAGUUGACGUUUACGGAUGCGAGGCUCUUUGUGGGUCAUUGUUAUCCGUACUGUCCUCAACCAGAUCUGACGGUGGGGAUUACAUCGCAUACUGAUCCGGCUGUGGUGACGGUUCUGCUACCGAACCAUUUGCCUGGGCUGCAAGUGAAGCAUGGGGAUGAGUGGGUAAACGUAAAUCCUGUGCCCGGAGGUUUGAUUAUUAAUGUUGGAGACUUUCUUCAGAUAAUCUCGAAUGGAGAGUACAAAAGUAUACAACACCGUGUGUUGGCUAAUUCUUAUAACGAAUCACGAAUCUCCAUAGGCAUGUUUUUCAACGUAAACAAAUUGAGGGAAGAUGAUUGCCAUGGACCUUUGCCUGAGUUGUUGUCAGCGGAAAAGCCAGCUAUCUAUCGGAACUUCACCAUGUCGGAAUAUUUGGAAAAUUUUUAUUGCAAAGGGUUGGACAGUAAAAGUAUGAUCGAGAAAAUUAAAAUACAAAACUAACAUAUAUGUGUUUCAUAUAUACCAGGCAUUUUGUAGAAUAAAAGGGAUCGCUCGACCCCUAUUUAAUUAAUCGGCCGGCUUUGCUAUCAUGCUUAUUAGUAUAUUGAACUUAUGGAAGCACCCUAUGUUAUUUGCAUGAAUCCAAUUUUUAUUAAUAUUGUUGGUCCUAGAAAA